GCCGGCAGCACCAUCGAAGCGGAGCUCGUGGGCGGCGGCGCCGCCGCCUCGCGAGGGAGGGCGCAGCCAGCGCGUGCUGCUUUGCCGCGGCUCGACUUCCACUGGAUCCAGGCCUGGCUGGGGCAGGCGGUCGGAGCCCCUCGCCUGGAGGGGCCGCCGGGUUUCGCCGACCGCCUGCUGCCGGACUGCUGGCUGGUGACGCGCAUGGACGACUACUUCACGGAAGUGCAGCUGUCGCUCUUCCUGGUGUGCGACCACAGCUCGCGCUUUGCCGCGCGCGUGCGGACGCAGGGGAAGUGCGGAGGGCUCAGCUACAUGCGGGACGCCAAGUUCAGCGUCUCUGGCGGCUGUCCGCUGGCACACUGUACAGUGUGCAUCCCCAAGAAGCGCGGCGGCGGCGUGUCCGUGUCCUUCCUGGAGAAGGUGCUCGCAGCCAACCCCGUCUUCCCUGGUUCGGUCGGCGCCAUUCAGGAGCUCGAGAGCAAGUGCGCGGCCAGCCUGGUCAGGCAGCGUACACUUCAGCAGGAGGCCAAAUACACCUCGCAGACCCUUCAGAAGAGAGAGGCCGCCCUCCGUCGCGCGGCCGACGCCCAUGUUUCAGCAGAGGCAGCACUCGCCAAUGCGAAGGAUGAGGUGCUCGUGGCUACUGAGGAGGUCAUCCAGGCCCGCCUGGCCAACGACAAAGCAAUCGAGGGCUACGCGGCGGAUGGCAACAAUAUCCUGCUCGCCAUUCAGGAGGCCGGCUUCACCGACAGUGGGGACGAGUUCGAUGAAAAACAGCAGCCCGCCCUCAAGGAGCUCAAGUCGCAGAUGGACAGGCGCGUGUCGGAGGUCGCGGCGCUGCAGCAAGUCCUCCAGGACACGAUCAAGACAGCGCAGGAUAUCCGCGCAGCGCCCGCCAAGAGGCUCCAUGGGAACGGCGGUCAGGCUAUCCUGUGCAAGGAGAUGUUAGCCACCGCGUCCUUCGAGGACUGGCGCCAGGCCGAGCUGGGGCGAGCCGGCAAGGACCCGUUCGAAGGUUUCUGUCCCAUCGCGUGGUACGCCAAGGCGGGCAACCCUAUCGUCGUGUCCGCCUGCCUCCAGCAAAAGUACGGCUUCAGGGUCCCCUGGAAGACGCACGUCGGCCUCGCGUUCUCCGCAUGCGGCGGCAUGGACAACUGGUGGAAUCGUGCCAUCCAGGCCUUCGACGACCCCUGCCCCGACGGCAUCGACACGGGGUACCCUGCUCCAGCGGUUGGCCAGAACGAGACUACGCUCGACGCCGCGGAUCGCGAUCCCAUGGGCGACCUCGAGCGCGACUUCGACCACGGAGGAACGGCGACUCCGAUUGCGUCGCCGACGCCUUCGCGCAGCCUCGCGUACUCGGGCGAGAGGCUGAUGUCGCACUUCCUCCUCGACAGGAAUAUGGGCGCCAAGGUCGAGGUCGCGAGUGGGUCACGACGCGGCGCUGUCCGAGAAACGCGGGUGCUCAGCGGCAAUCUGGCUGAGCUCCUGUAUGUAGCCCUGGACAGCGAGAUCCAGAAACCCUUGAUGCAGGACGCGGACGGCGUCUUUGUCGCCUGGGUUGCAGCGGUGUCUGAUCUCAGCCAGCAGCUGGGUGAACCCAUUCCAGGCAUCAUCGACAUGGCCGAGACGCUUGGCAGGUGGUCGCCAAGGCCCUGGUGGAUGGGCGCCGAGCUUGCAGCGUGUGGGCGCCCAAAAUGUGGCGAGAUUUACAAGGUGAGCUUCGUCGUGAUAUCAAGCCGCGCCCGCCAGUUCGCGACGGGCGCGCAGGCGUCGAGGGGCGCGGGCAUGCCGCGCCCUGCCAGAUCAUGGAUCGACGUGCUGACGUUGGGCAGCAGACGUGGACAGGCCGAGGGCAUCGACGCCGUGGGCCGCGUCGAGGUGCAGCGGCUGCCCGCGCCUGCCCGCCAGGACCUCGUCUCCUUGCGCGCCCGCGACGGCAAGAAGUCAGCCCGGCUUUUCGCCGCCCUGGGCGCCGUGGCUCCGCAGCCCAAGGGUGGUGGCAGGAUUCCCGGUCAGCUCCCCUUCUUGAUGAAGUUGUGGUCCAAGAUGCGCGACCGCUUUUCAGAAGGAUGGAGCGACCGGCUCGCCGAGUUCCGGGGCGCAGCAGCGCGAGGUUCCUCGCCGCUGCAGGCAGCCAUUGUUCGCAGUUGCAUGGGCGAUUGUUGUCCGAUUCUGUUUGACAGCAGCGCCGCGAUCCUGCUUGACCUUGAGGAGCUCAAUGACAGCAUCUCGAUGCCAGUGUUACGCAAGGCGGGCCUCAGACAGGGUUCCCCAGCUAUCAUCGUGGCGGUGGAGCUUCAGAUGUUCCCGGCGCCGCGCUAUCUUCGCGGGCGCCGCCGGGUGUCCAGAGAUAUCCUCCCCGCCAAGUCUUUGGUUGCAGGAUCCCCGCGCGGCGGUAAGUUAGCGAAGGCAGUGCAAGGCCCCAUUCUCUACGACGCCCACCUCCGCUACCAGCGCAGCAUCGUGAUCAGGACCUUCAUCGAUGACGCGGCCAUCCGUGUGGAGGGAACAGUCAGGUCAGGUGCUGACGCGUUGAUCGAAGCUGGCGGUUUCGCGGGGCGUUCGAUGCAGAACGACGCAGGCUCGAGACAGGAUGAGGCUGCCAAGCGCUCCGGGGCCACUGGCGAGCUCCGCCGCCUCGCCAAGCUUCGUCGUUUGUUUCAGAUACUCUGGCGGACUGGCAGCUAUCCCCGGGCGCUCUACGGGCACCUGCAGAUGAGCGCCCCGGAGUGCGACAUCAUCGACUUCCGGCAUUGCCUCGCCGCCGUCCUGGCGACGGCCCUCGGCGACGGAGACCCAGCCAAAGCAGUUCGUCGGUGGCAGCUGACCACUUGGCUCGCGAUGCGGAUUCAGAACCCCGAGCUCCACCCGCGCAUCCAGCAGGCGCGGGGCGUCGUCGCCCCCAGGAUCAAACGCGCUGGUCAGAGGAAGUGGCGCAUAUUGAAGGGCCCAGCCAGCGCCGCGAUAACCACCUUGUGCGGCAUCGGUUGGGGCCCAGUCAAGGCGACGCGGUGGGGCGCGGCCUGCGACCGCUCGUGGCUCACCCCGACAGCUGACGACGACAAGUCAGCAGCUCCAUCGACAAUAAUCUCUGGAGUGUGGCUGCCCUACGUGAAGCGGCUGACGACCUUCGGCUGGGAGCUGGCGAGGGCCAACCGCGCGGCCAGCCCGUCCCUGCGGCUCGGGGGCGUCCCGGGCCGCGCUGACACAUGCCCGGUGUUUGACGAAGAAAAGCAGCCCGUCUUUUUAGCUUUUGGAAGCUUCGCCUCCGUGCCCCGCGAUGCCAAGGGUUUCCUGUGCGUCUUCGGGGGCCCUCGGCGCCGCGGGGGCGCGUAG